AGUGGGAGACCUCCGUAGAAGUGAGAACCGAUCGCUUUUGUCUCCCUUUUUCGAAGUGGAUUUUUUCUUUCUGGGUCCUCCAGAAAAGUUUUAGAAUUUUGAUCGUAGAGGGAAUGGAUUCUUUGAGAUGAAGGUGGCCGGAGAUGGCGUAAUUUCUAGGGUUUAUUCGGGAACAGUUGAGUUCGAAGUCGCUGUUCCCCAAUCCCUAUCUCGAUCGCUCGCUCCGCUUUUGAUCCCUGUUGGUGGCUUGGCCUAUUCAAAGGGGUCCUUUUAGGGUUAGGGUUUUUUUCUCGGUUGGUCUUCUGGAAUUCUUGAAGAGCUUCGAAGAUUCGGUCGGGGAGGAAAGUUUUAGUUUGAAGAUCAAGUUUUAGAAGCAUGGAAUCACGAGCUGAUGGUACAAAUACAGUAGAUGCCAAUGGGCAAGGUACUCUGCCAUCCACAAUUAAUGCUCAGCCAUGGUGGCGUGGUCCUGGAUUCGGUGUUAUGUCACCGGCUAUGCUACCAGAUAGUGCCUCUAAGUCAGCCUCAGUCAACCUCCCUGUGGGAGGUGCCGGGAACAAGGGUGGCCAAGCACAAUCGCACGAUCGGGCAGAUGGCACUGGUGAUGUUUGUAAAGAGAUGCAGAACAUUGGCACACAAAGAGAUGGAAGCUUGGGACAGGAACACCAGCAUCUGCAGCCUGUCUCAUCUGCCAUGCCUCCUAUGAUGCCUGAAUACCUUGCGCCACAUACCCAGCUGGAGCUUGGUCAAUCAAUUGCUUGUCCGACAUAUUCAUAUUCUGAUCCUUAUUUUUCUCGCAUCAUGGCUCCUUAUGGAACUCAAGCACUGGUGCAUCCACAGUUACUUGGGAUGCCUUAUACUCGCAUGCCUUUGCCUCUUGAAAUGGCAGAGGAGCCUGUUUAUGUAAAUGCCAAGCAAUAUCAUGGAAUUCUGAGGCGAAGGCAAUCACGUGCCAAGGCUGAACUUGAGAAGAAAGUUAUAAAAGUUAGAAAGCCAUAUCUUCAUGAAUCUCGUCACCUGCAUGCAAUGAGGAGGGCAAGGGGUUGUGGAGGUCGUUUUCUCAACACGAAGAAAGCUGAAGCUAGUGCCUCUAUUGCUAACCCUGAGAAUGGGGGGAAUGCAGGUGCAUCACUUCCAACGCAGUCAGCUAGCUCCUCCGCUUCCCAAGUUCUGCCCUCCGGCUGUCCAGGAAGCAACACGAAUGAAAUAAAAAGGCCAGUAGUGCAAGGUAUUUGUGAAGCACAGGCGUAUGCUAAUGGUAAUGAUGGCUACCAACAGCAGUCUGGCUUCCAGUUAUCUUUUCACUCCAAAUCAGGUGAGAGGGUGGAGGAAGGGGAUUGCUCGGGACAGCAGCGUGGUGGCAUCCUUGUGAAUCGGCCUCCGAACAGGGCUGUCGCCAUCCAGUGAUUACCCCUUGUGAGCAUGGCUAGUGUUUCCAGCGUUUCCUAGUCAAUUCUGAUAUAGAUAAGUCACUUUCUAGUUUAAUUCACUCCCAGAUUAUGUUGGCGGUACUUUUGAGAGGGUCUCCUCUACUUGUUCCACUGCUUGAUUUAGGUGAAGGCAAGAGGGCAAGCUGGAGGCAUGGAGCCAAUUCAAGAGGGAUGUCAUUGGUAGGUCUGAUGUUCAAAGGCAAUUCAUUCUUGGCUUUUCCAUUUGCUUUUCUUUCUUUAUUUUCUUUUCGUGUUGUGGGAGGAAGCACGCAAAGAGAGAGAGAGCAGCAGCUGGUCUUAUUCUUCUCUUUGUUUUAGCGUCUUCUCAUAUCUGUUAAAUACUUGUACUAUGAAAAGGGAUGGUAGAAUGAAGUAAUCUAUUAGUAACUGUAACAAACAAGAACAUGCCCCCUUUUUUACCUUAUUGGUUUGAAGAUUACAGCAAUCCGAAUCAAUGGUACGUUCAACUGUUCAUGCAAA